AUGGCCGGCGUAAAAUCUGGGCAUUGGAGCGUAAUCAGGGGACUAAAAGUAGCGCCGGCGAAGGAAUUCCGCUGGUGGAAAGUCUGCAGCGAAGACCCACAACAAGGCGGCUUUUUUGUAGAGGGGAAAAAAGCGCGGCGUCACAUGCAAUUCGCUACGCAAGGGCCAGGUGGAGGGAUCCACUCCCCCUCGCCGACGUGA